AUGCAAGAUGCUAGUGAGACCAUGGCAGUGAGAGGAGUGGAACUUGAGCUUAUUGUCCAGGGCGGCGCCGUGAAAGUUCUACUAGGAGACCGACAACGCACGUCAGAUAUGGAUUUCAUCGCCACGAGCUAUGUCAGCGGUCCCGGGUAUUCUGAAACGCUUGACAACCUCAAGCGCGGGUGGAAAUUUGCGUACACUCAAUCACUAGACAGAAGUGAAGCGAUCGAUUCGAAGUGGGUCGACAAUUCGAUCCAAUUCUUCUUCCACGGCAAGCCCAAGCUUUGGCAAAAGUACAAGUCGGAGACUCUCAAGCAAAACUACGUGCUUUCAGAUGCGGGAAUAGAUGAAGAUGAUGGCACUGGUAUCCGGUUUAUAUUGUGA